CCUUCAGUGAUAAUCAUUCACAAUGAAGUGUGUUCUUGAUGGGGGCGUCAGUCUCAAUGUUGUGAGGGAUGACUUAUCCUGUGUGGAUGUUAUUGAGCAGACACUAAGUGCCGAAGGAAGAGAGGUAUGUUAUGGCUUCCCUCCCUCUCAAAUCUGUCAAUACUGUCUUACAUGUAGAACCCUGCUAUUUUAAUUUUACAGGUGUUCUCUAUGCAGAGCUUUUUUGUGAUCCACAAAAUAACAUUUUGUCAAAGAGAAACAACUGCACCAAUUAAAUCUAGGAAAAUCAACUUCAUCUUUGACAUUAGUAAGUAGUUCUUACUAGACUGAGUUUUGAUGGUACCCAGGUUAUUUGGUUGGUCCGUUUUCUAAAAGAAGUGCUAAUUGUUUUUAGAGGCCAAUAAAUGUUUCAAUUAGUCAGUGUUGUGAUUAAUUAAGUCUGGUUUGAUCCACACAAGGUUCAUGAAAUUCUGGGAGUGUGAAAAAAAACAAUUGUAAAAAUAUUCCUUUUAUGCAUUCAUCAAAAUAAGUCUGGCAAACUGUCAUAACAAGCAUGAAAUUUUAAUAACAUACUUCCCCUUUCGUUAGUUCUUUUUGGUGCCAGAAAGAGCCAUUGUAUUGAUUGUCAGACCAGUUGGUUAACUUGUGUGGGCUUCAACUGACUUACCUGCAAUCAUAUGGUGGAAAGUGUUUCUACAAGCCAGUUUUACAGGCAUAGAAAUGACUAAUAAUGUUAGAAAAAGUUCUGAAUUAUUCCUGAACAAAAUGUGAACAUGAAAUUUCAUUAUAAUUUUCCCUAGUUUCCUUGAAAUUUAUAAAGUAAUAAAGUAAUGCCAUGAUUUGGGUUCCAUUAAACGGUUGCAAAAGCGUUUUUCCGACCUGUAAUGCAGUUGCAGUUCUGCUUUCCAUUGAUAGCUUAAUUAUUGUUGUUGAAAUAUUACCACAGGAUACUGAUGAUGCCUUCUACAUUGUGGAUUUGGCCAAUGUUCUUCUCAAGCACCAAAAGUGGGUUUCUCUGCUGCCAAGAGUGGAGCCGUUUUAUGGUUGGUAUUUAGGAAAGAUACGUGUGGCAUUUGCUGUGGAGUGAUAAUGGCAGAGAGGUUGGGCACCAAAUUUAUUGCGAACGGCAGAUAUGCUUAUGUGAUGGCAAGUGUAUCUCAGAACUUGAAAGCCUUCAUCUUUUCCAUUGCUAAUAGCCUGUUAGAAACGACAAGUGUAAUUAACGGCAGGAUAGCAGGAAAUAUAGUCCCCUAGUUGUCUCUGCCCAUUUUCUCUUGCAGUAAAUGUGAUGCUGGUUCUCUCUAUUAUUGCUUGUAUUUGUUUAAAGAGAAUUUUUAAGAAUUGAUGUCAUGGGGUCAAAAUUUGACAAGAUUUAGAUGGCUGUCUUAGAUCAAGCUUUCUUAUCAGCAUUGUAAAAACCAGGAUCACCCUUUUGGGCCAGUGUUAAGAACCACAUACACAGGAAUAGGUAGUUUGUUAGAGGGAACGGGAGUUAUGAAACUGAGGAGUGGUUAAGUACAAGAAGCCGGCCACAGAUUUGUUGAAACAUACAUGCAGUCUCAUUUUUUACAGAAAAAUCAAGCUUUCUGUAUUUUUGUAAUGGAAGGCUUUUUAACAGGGUGCAAAGAAAGUUUUACAGCCUCCCAUUCGGCAAGUUAUUUCAACUAGCGCGAAAAAAUUUUCUGAUGACCAGGAUUGAUAACAGUUCUUCUGUAAUUUGAAUUCCCGAAAUAAACUUCACUUGCCCAUUGGGCAAGUUAAGAACAAAAUUCAUAAGCCUGAUAGCAAAAUCCACUAGCUCCAGGCCAUAGGACAACUUUCUCUGUUGGCUGACUUUGCAUUGUAUGUUUAUCAAUCAAUUGGUCAAUUCUGGUUUUAUCAGUCUUCACAUCACCUCAUGUGAUCUUUUCUUACACUGACAGUGAAACGUUGUUAUAAUGAACCCAUACAAAUGGAAUAAUAUAUGGACUGUGCAGUGCUACUGCAUUGUAAGCGUAUGUUUUUGAGACAACUUUUUUCUUUCAGCAAUGAAGUGUAACAAUGACCCAGUUCUCCUGAAGAUGUUAACAGGAUUAGGAAUAGGAUUUGACUGUGCAAGCAAGGUAAAGAGAUCUUUUUGGUUUAAUGAACUUGACAUUCAGUUCUCUGAACUGUUGAUGUGUAAGAUCUAACAUCAAAUUUCCCUUGCAGAUUGAAAUGCAGACAAUGUUAUCUAUGGGUGUGCCACCUUCAAAAAUUGUUUAUGCCAAUCCCUGCAAACAGGCGUCACAUCUAAGGUUAGUUCAAAAUCUUAGAAAGUGGCUUCUUCCUUUGCUGACUACCAAUGGAUGCCACAAACAAGGAGAUAAAUACAAACAAACAAGAUUGCCUUUAAACUACCUUGUUGUGUGAAAACUAACAGUUCUUUCAUUUUAUAUCUACAGAUUCUCCGCAGAACAUGGUAUUUCUCUGAUGACUUUUGACAAUGAGAUGGAACUACAUAAAAUAAAGAAGUUGUAUCCCACUGCCAGGUGGAUAAAGCUGUCAGUUUGAUUAAAAACCAACUAUAUAUAUUCAUGAUUUAUUUCACCAGGCACAGCUAUUACAAUCAAUCAACCUUUAUUCCUCCUAAGAUUAAAAAAUACAUAUCUUAAGUUAUAUUUACAGAUUGGAAGUCUUAAAUUUAAUAUAAGCGUAUUUACAAAUUACAUGUAAGUGCAAUUCAAAUUUUGAGAAAUAACGAUAAGAAACAAGUCUUUUUUCUCACAGGUUGCUUCUGCGAAUUCGUACCGAUGAUUCCAAGUCACUAUGCCAACUGGGAAUAAAAUUUGGGGCUCCCCUGAAGCAAUGUCGUCAUCUUCUCAAAGUUGCCUUUGACUUGAAGUUAAAUGUGAUUGGAGUGAGGUAAAGCUUUGGUUAAUGUCAAGUUGAAAAAUAGUUUGGUAUAUUCCUGACUUACACGUUACCCUACAAAUUAGAGGGUAAUAUUGUUGUUACUGUAGUCUUUGCUGUUUACUGUUUUUCUAUUUCUUGAAACCCUGUUUGAAAGACUGGGAUGGAAAUGUGAAAAUAUAAGUUGAAAUUAUUUUGCAUUAAUCAGGGUACUAGAAUGGCAUUGAUGAAAGCAACUUGCCCUCUCUUAGCUGGUUUAACCAGUGUUGAUGAGUGUAGUUUGUGUACUCCCUGAGCCUAACCUUAUUUACAAAACAAUCAAGGAAUACUUAUUAAUAAGUAUUUUUAGGUAAGGUAAAACUAAAUGGUUUUCUCCUCUUAUCAGUUUUCAUGUUGGCAGUGGUUGUUACGAUGCAAAUGCCUAUGGAACAGCUGUCUUAGCUGCCCGAAGUGUAUUUGACCUUGCAGUAAGUGGAGUGUCUUUAUGGGUCUCUUGUAUUGCAAAAUUAAUCAGAAUUGUACACAGUGUCAAGUGUUUCUUUCAAGAUUUUUCUUCAUACUCUCAUAGUUAACCAGAAGAAGACUUUUUUUUUACAGUCUGCUGUUAAUUUAAAUUGUUGCAUAGGAAUAAUAAAUCCUAGGCUCACAAAAAGCCUACAUCUCUAAAAGCCUAAAGCUGCAGAAUGUUGUUUGUACCUGCUUUGACUCAGGAUUCAACUGUGUCCCAAAUUCCUUUUUGUGUACUAUGCUAAUUUAUUCUCUUCUUUGUUGACAUGGCUUACUACCCUUGUGUUUUAGACUCAAAUUGGCUUUGACUUCACCAUACUGGAUAUUGGUGGAGGAUUUCCUGGAGCCCCUGAUGCUGCCAUAACUUUUGAAGAGGUUAGCUUAAUGAGCCUUGCUUUAAAAAGUAGCUUUUGUCAUAAGAGAUACAUUAAAAUUCAAAGCAAAAAUAUUUGAAAUUGCAUGCUAAAAAGUUCUGAUUAUGUACAUUGUACUAUCGGGUCUGCUUCAUAGGCUUAAAAAGUUGAAACUGAUUUAAAAUUUUCAGUGUAAUUUUUAUAACAAAAAGCUGGUUGCUUGUUUUCAGGUCUGUUCCUUAUUAAACCCCUUGCUGGAGGAGCACUUUCCAGUCAGCUCAGGUGUGCAGAUCAUAGCCGAACCAGGCCGUUUUUAUUCUGCUUCAGCUUCUACUCUUGUUGUAAAUGUCGUUGCGCGGCGCACUGUAAAAGGAAGCCAACUGAAAGAGUGUGACAAAACUGCUAAUGGUGCUGCAUUUAAGGACACAGAUGAGUUGGUGAGUUGGUGUUGUGAUAGUUUUAUUCCAACCUGUAUUUUUAUUGUUUCAUUUUGUAAAUGUUAAGAGCAUUAAAGGGGCUGUGUCAUGGCAGUCCAGUUCAUUUUGUUUUAUUUUGCCAAUAACUCGCCCUAAAUCGCAAUGGCACUUAACGUAAGCAAAGAAAUUACAGGUAAAUGACAAAAUCAGAGAUCCAAGACAAACAAAUGUAUCUCCUGAGCAUUAUUUUUGAAGUUGCAAGCAGCAGGGAUCAACUUUGAAAAACUGUUAGGCUGAAAAGUUUUCCAAAACCCUAAUUUUAGUCUGUUUCAGUCUUCUUCAGUUUUGCCCAUCUGUGGCAUCUGUUGUUUCUGUUAUGUUUUUUUUAACCUUCCUUUAAAGAUUUAAGCGGUUAUUUUUAUCUUUCUCUUAAUUUAACGGGCAUUUUGUAAUUUCCUAAUUUGGCUGCAUUUGGUGACACAGCUCCUUUAAAAGGUGGUUUCCUUUAUGCCUUGUGAAAAGUUUCUACCAUACAUGUACUUUUUCUGAGGCCUUCACAGGGCUUGAAAGAAGUCUUGUCCGGUAGUCUGGGACACGUAGAUUUUCUUGCUGGGCAAGUAACUUUUAAAGCUUACUUGCCCAGUAGGCCAAGGUCCAGGCAAGCCAUCCUCUAAAAACAUUAUUCACCAAGACAACCAAGAAGUGGCCUUGGGCAAACAAAAUGUAAGAGCUGCUUGCCUAAAGGACACGCUUGAAUUAAAGUUCCUUCUUUCUAGUGAUGCUUCAGUUGCUCAAAGGGGAAGUAUUGGAUUAACGUUUUCAAAACUCUGAUUAUCUCGUCUUGAUGACUCAGGAAGACAGCUUUUGUCAAGAUUUCUUUAAGUUUAGGUGUUUUCAAGUCGCUAAGAGCUCUAUUUGUGUUCAUUUGUCUUUUUCUUACUUGUAAGUAGCUUCUGUUAAACUUUUUUAAGAGAUCUUUUCUUGCUUAACCCAAAAACUCUCGUUAUCCCUUUCAAAACUGUGUGCCAUUUUGGACAAAACAGUGAAAACAAGCUUCCCAUGAUGUCAUCUGUGCGACCCUACUGUAAUAGAAUAUAAGCAAGGACCAAUUUAAGUGGGUGUAGCAUAUAGAUCAUAGAAGUGGCAUCCAAAUCUUUAAAAAUUCAAAUGGAACAACAAGCUAAUGGGAAGUGGUUUUAUGGCACAUUGGACUCAUUGAUAAAGCAUAAACUGCAACCUUCCUGAUGGCCUAAGAAAUAGAAAGUUUCUAUUUGCACUCUUGGGGUCUUAACACAUACAAAGGCAUAUCUAAGUGACUUUUAAUAAUGAAAGCUCUACAAAAAAAAGAGAUCAGGGUGACUGUUUUUUUUUAAGCAUCUUCCAGUAGUUUUAUCAUUAGUACUAAUAUCAUUAUGUAUUGCUCUGUUUUAGGGUUUCAUGUACUAUGUAAAUGAUGGAGUUUAUGGUUCAUUUAACUGCCUCAUGUUUGACCAUGCAACAGUGCAUCCAGAAGUGCUUGGUGUAAAAGACGAAGAGACUAAAAAAUUCCCAUCUAGUAUUUGGGGUCCUACAUGUGACUCUUUGGAUUGUAUCUCCAAGGGUGUAAUGUUACCUAAGGUAAGUACUCUAGAAGUAGUUGUUUCUGAUUAAUGUUUCUUUAUAUUUCUGCAGAUUUUUUUAUAAAAAUUAAUCAAUUAAUUAAGUCAAAUAAAUGCAGUUUUUCUCUCCCUUAACUAAUGGGUAGAAUAGGAUGUCGCUAAUAUUAUAAUAUUUUAUUGUGAGAGAAGGUUUGAUACAGAUAUUAUUAAUAUGUGGCUUAAAGUUUCUAAAAUGUACACUGUGGUUCUGUUCCUCUAACCAGGUCAAUGUGGGAGAUUGGUUGUUCUUUAGAAACAUGGGAGCAUACACCUGCUCGGCAGCUUCUACUUUCAAUGGCUUCAAUAAACCUCCUAAGUACUACACCAUUUCCAGUAGCUGCUGGUAUGUAGAAGAGUGAUUGAAUUGGGGUUUUCAUUAAGGGUGCUUUCCAAAGGUCAGAGCUGGCCCACCAGUCAUUUUGAAGAAAAACUAGUUAUUUCUUGAAUUUUCCCUAACGCCCUGCACUGCUGACCAUACUAUUUAUAAAAUAAUGGACUAAUCUGGUUGGAUAGUCGUGCUGAAUAGUGGAAUUACUUUUACAAUUGGACUGGUUUGGCCAGCCAGUUCUAACCAAUGGAAAGUGCCUUCAGGUUGGUUGAAAAGUAGACAGCUAGGAUGUAAAAGUAGGUGGCUGGGCAAUCAAUUGCUAAAGACAAUUUUUAGGCUUUCACCCCCCUCCACGUAACUUUUUUUUUUGGCCCAAAAGUAGGUGGUUCAAAAUUCAAAGUUGUUGCUUUUUUAGUCAGUUGCCAGCAGUUAAUGUCCCUGUUGUAUUAUACUUCUAAUCUUAAUCAGAGCAUUGAAUCAAGACUUCUAAGCGCUAAAAUUUGUAAUCCAAAGUUUUGUUUUGUUCUGUUACAGUACAGGCCACAUGUUGAAACACGCCUGUGAAAAAAAUACACACAAAAAUACACGAAAAAAAAUUUUGGAAACUGAGUGUAACGCUUAAUGUAGAUAAUGUAGAUGUAAAAAAAUUAUAUAGUGGAAAAACGGGGAGAACCAUUAAAAUCUCCAUAUAUUUCAACCACUGUUUUUGAUGGAGCAUAGAAUUCAAAAAGUAAUUUAAAAAGUGUGCUUAGCACUGACUUAAGGCUGUUUUUCGAAUUUUUUUUUUUUGGCUUAUUAUUUCAUAAAAAAAAACUAAAAAUGGCUUUUUGCUGAUUUUUUCACUUGACUUUACAUUAAAUAGCCAGAUUUGGUUGUUUUAUGCUGAAAAGUGGAUUUUCCUCAAAGAGCUUGGUGCUUUGCUUAAAAUAAUUUUGUUAAUCUACAUGUCUACUGCACAUUUGAUAAAUGUCCCUGUCAUGCUGCCUUACACUUCAUGUGCAUGCACUGCUUAAGAAUAAAUUUAAUAAGCAAAGAUGCAGGUAGCUUAUUCAUUCAAAUUUCCUCAAGUUUGCUUUCAUUUAUCUCUCCUUACAGGUUGAUACAAUUCUGCUUGUGCACUCUUUAGGAAAUGAAAUGGCUUUUCAGCUUUUUAUUUGCAAUGCUUUUAAAAUUAAAGACCUUGGAAAAUACCCAUACAGACAACUAGCAAUCAUCAAUUUUAAUUUUGUUGUGGUUUUGCCUCUCUAGGCCAAUGCUAAGCAAAGUUUUAAAGAGGUUUGGAUUGGAUUUGCACUUUCCCUGUCAUUCGUCAUUGGAUCAAAAAGCCCUCAUCUUCAAUGAAUGGCCUGAGUGUAUGGAAGUUCUUUUCUCUGCACCCUGCUCUACAUGA